AUGGCCGCCGUCGCCUGCCGUGUAGUGGCCGAACCCGAAGCUGCGCAAGUUCAAGGCUCAGCCAGCCGCGGAAAGGGCAAUCCAAAGAGUGCACUUCGAGACCUCGUGGAGAUAAAGAUACAAGAUGCAUGGAUGCCGGCAGUUGUCGUCCAAGAAGCUCCUCAGACUCUGUAUGUUUCCCUUGCCACGGGGGCAUUGGCCACGGGAAAGCAUCGUAACAUGCCUGGAUUCGAGGGGCCGCGACUUUACCCCGUCCCGCCUGUGGAGCCGCAAGUGCAGACUCGCGCGGAUCUCCAGGCGCUUGAGCGUGGAGCAGAGUCGUCGAGGAUCACACGUCGAUUUAAUGUGGACGCCGAAUGCCAAGAGGGCACCCGGACGGAGGAGCCAGCGGCGCCUGCUGUAGCUCCUCCCCUGACGCGGGGCGCCUGGCUGCCGAAGCCAACCUUGGCGUACGAACUCGGUGGGAGCUCGAGCAGCACGAGCCCACCUUCAGUCAGUCUGCUGCGAGGGAAAGAGGUUCGAGUCGACGGGUGUUCGUGGGUCUCGGCUUCAUGGACGACGGUCGGCCUUCCAGAGCUCAACAGCAGUGGAAAGGUGUACUAUGAGCUGCACAUCGAGUCGCAUGACACCCCGCAGAUAGGCUGGGCCUCUGAGAAGUUUCGCUUCUUCGGAGAUACCUGGCUUUACGGGGUUGGUGAUGACCUCGAAAGUUGGGGAGUGGAUGGCGCGAGACAAAAGAUUUGGCACGGCGGCGAGGCCGGAAGCUAUCCUUCUUCCUGGGCGAAAGAGGUGGUCGUGGGCUGCGCAGCCGACGUGCCUGCCGGGAUCUUGCAGUUCAGCACAGACGGCGUCUGGGUGACGCCUGCUACCUUCACGGGUGUGCAGUGCGCCUCCAUCUAUCCUGCAGUGUCUGGGCAGAUGACAGCAACUUUCAAGAUCCGUCCGGAGGAAUGGCUCCAUGGUCCGCCGGAUGAGUCGUUUACCGCAUUGUCUGCUUGUGUGCGGAGCCCGCAAUCUCUGUGUGCUCCAGUGCGCUUCCCACCGGAAUGGGCUCUCGCAAAGGGCUUGCAGCAUCUGGCAGAGCGCCAGAAGGUGGAUCUGCUGACGACGCUGCGACUGUCCUGCUCAGUUGUUCUGCCCACUUUGGAAGACUUGUACGCAGCACAAACAAAGCGUCGUGAAGACCACGCAUCACCAGCUGUGGAGGAUGCAUCGGACGAGCUUUUUGACUUCGUUCUCGAUCAGGACGGACAGCCACGUGCCAGCGAGGCAUGGGAGGAGACGCUAGACACGCUGGGCCUCUCAGCAGAGACAGCUGCUGGGGCUGCUUUGCGGCUGCUUUGGCAAGCAGAUGCAGACGUUCAGUCGACACGCUUGUCUGCCAAGCUGCAAGACCUUUGCUCCCACCAGGUUGCUCUGGUCAGCGAUAGCAUGCCUUCGUGGGUACUUCGACUUGGCACCCUGAUGCCGCAGCUGUUCGAUCGCCGCUGCCGCGAAGUACUGCUGAGGUCAUUAGCUUUCGGCUUACCUUUUGCGGUUCAUGAUCGCCAGACGCGCGAGGUAGACCGCAGGUACAGCGAGGUCAUGAAGGCUGCAGAGGGGCGGGUAGCGCAAGCCAAGAACCUCGGAGAUCAACGAGCACUGUCACAAGCCUAUGAGCACCUCUUUGAGUUAACAAAACAGAUCUCACAGGACCCCGAGGUAUGGAUCGGAUCUUUGACAUCCGAAUUGGCCAAGGUGGACAGGGAGAGGAUUUGGGAUCAAGCCACAGCUUUGGCAGAGUGCUGCUUGACAUCUUCGGGCGUGGUUGAGGUCCAAUUCAAGGACGAAACAGGAUUCGGUCGAGGCGUCACCCAAGGAUUCUUUAGUGAUGUUGCCAAAGAGCUGCAGAGAACCUCUCACAACAGCAACGUGCCUAUGUGGGCCGAAUGCUUGGAAUCCGAGGGCGAGUUCUUGCGGAGUCGACGUGGCCUCAUGGUGCAGCCGCUUCGAGCGGAGGAUCCACGCCUCCCGGCCGUUUUGGCCCGUUUCCGCUCCCUAGGUCGCCUGCUGGCCUUGGCGCUACGGGAAUCCUUCGUCGUUCCGCUUCCACUCGCGGCCACGGUCCUGCGGCAGCUCCGCGGGGAAAAGGUUGUUAGCAGCGAGCUGCCAGAGCCUGGAGAUGGACUUGCGGGAGAGUUCCUAGGAGCUUGUGCUCGCUUCCGUGCAGACAUAGCUGAGCUGAGCUACGAGCAGAGUGCCGAUCGGACGAUGUGGCCUGCCCAUCCCGGGCCGCUCUGUGCAGCAAGGGCCGCUUGCCACAAAGGGCUCUCUGUCGCGCGAGCUUGGUGGUCUCGGCUGAAUGGGACUUCCCAGAACAAAGUGUUGCCACCUGUGCCUGUGCAGCGACUGCCCAGUGCAGAGGAGCAGGUGAGCAAUUUGACUGCGCAGAUCAAAGCCGCGCGGGGCGAGAGUGCAGCGCUGGCCGAAGUUAUCCGAGUCAAGGACCUUCCCUUGACGAUCACGCAGAAACUGUCCAAGAACGAGCGGGAGGUGGAGAGCCAGGUCUUCAGAGCUGAGACAGAGACGGCACGGGAUGUGGCUUCAUCCAAACUUGAGCUACUUGACUAUCACAGCCAGCGCGGCUGGGUCGUCAGCAAGAUGGAGUUCGACAAGCUCGAAAGUCUCUGGAGCGAAUAUUCCGAAGCGAAGUCUGGCAGAGCCGCUGCGAUCGCCCAUUCUUCAAGAAGCAGCAGUAUGUGGACUGCUGAACAACUCUCUGGAUAUCUUCCGGAAUUCUGGGUUUUGCCAUGGUGCUCAAAGAUCCGCACCCAAAGAAGGAGCCUAGAGUCCCUGGAGACCUUCUUGAAAGAGUCACUGACAGAGCUGCCAUCAGCCGUUGCUAGGGGAGCACUACCUGGACUCUGCCGGGAAGAAUCGUGGCAAGAACAGUAUUUGGGCGAACUGGAGAACGUUCUUCGUGUCCUCGGCUGCCCUGAGGGCAAGGUCAACGGAGGGCGCGCGCCAUUCCGCCGUCUCGGAGGUCUUUCAAUCCUGGGUGCCAAAGAAGCGGCAUCACGUUGUGUGAUCGACAAGUUGAUUUUUCCCUUGUGUGCCGAGCUGGGCGUUCAACUCACUCUGGAGGAGUACUUUCGGGCUUCGCCAGUGCCUGUGAGUAUAUGCGACUAUGUCCUGCGAAGAGACGGCCAAUUGCUGGGCACUCUGGAGGCAAAACGCUGCUCAGACGGGCUGCUGGCACAGGGAGCAGCACAGUGCAUUUUGCAGCUGCUGGCUCUGUGGAACAGGCGCAGGCCGGCGUCUCAGGCGGCCCCAGCCGUGGAGAGUGAUGGACGAUGUGGAAGCACCACCCGCGCCCCCUUGCUCGGCAUUGUGACGGACGGUCGAUAUUGGCUGUGCAUUCAACUGCAUCAACGUUAUCUGGCCGUCACUCCAUUACUGGAUGCCUCCCAAGAAGAGCAGUUUUGGACACUGCUUAACUUCUUGGCAGUGAACCUGAGCCAGCCGCAGAGCUUGGCGAAGGAUCCCGGCUGGGCUGCGCAAUACCUCGAGGCUAACGACGCUCUCGGCUCCUUCGAGGAGUGGGCAAGCAACGCCGAGUUUCUGGCGACGGGCUUCAGCGGGCCAUCGCUGCCCACGCGAAGUGAGUCAAAUGAAGAGAAAGCAAGACAUGUGAGCCUGGAGAGCUUGGAUGACUUUGUGGACGCUGCGUCCUCCUUCUGGCUGGAUGUAGGUGUUCGAGAGCAGGUGCGUUCACUGCGCCGUGGGCUCCAUGAUGUUUUAGGCCCCAGAACGGGCGCCCUGUGGCUCUUCUCGCCUCUGGAGCUAAGAGAGCUUUUCUGCGGUGUAGAAUCCGUUUCCUGGACCAGCCAGGAUCUGUACGACCACCUGCAUCCGGCCGGCGGUUUGACUCGCGACGAUGAUGUCAUGGCUUGGCUUCGCGACGAGCUCUUGGAAAUGUCGCAGGCCUGA